ACGAAAUUGGUGCGGAAACUCUACACAAUAGUGUCACUUUGAAGCUAAGAAUCAAACUAGGGUUUCACAUUUUAUUUCUGGAGAAUCUUCAAAUUACAGAAAACAUCUUUCUCACACAAUUUUUUUUCUUUCGAUUUGUAACCCUAGAAUUUCACGACGGAGGAAAUUUGGAUAAUAAUAGAGAAGAAGAUGGAAGAGAUUCUAAGCAGCGAUACAGCUUGGAGACAAUUAUCCCAAAUGUUCUUGGCGAUCUUUUUCUUUCACAGUUCUGAAUAUGUGUUAGCUAUAAUUUUCCAUGGAAAAUUCAAUGUCCCUCUAAGCUCUCUUUUGAUCAGCAAGCAGUAUGUGAUGGCAAUGGGAUGUUGUAUACUGGAGUACUUGUUUGAAUUUGCUUUAUUUCCACAAUUGAAAGAGCAUUGGUGGAUUAGCAAUAUUGGCCUUAUUAUGGUGGUAAUUGGGGAGAUAAUCCGUAAAGUCGCAAUUAUAACAGCUGGUCGUGCUUUUACACAUUUGAUCAAGAUCUAUCAUGAGGACCAUCAUGAAUUGGUUACUUAUGGAAUCUAUGGGCUCGUUCGUCAUCCAGGAUACUGUGGGUUUUUCAUCUGGGCAACUGCUUCUCAGAUUAUGCUCUGUAAUCCCUUCUGCACAUUGGCAUUCAUGCUUGUUACCUGGCGAUUUUUCUCGACGCGAAUCCCAUAUGAGGAGUUUUUCUUGAGGCAAUUUUUUGGAUCGCAGUAUGAGGAAUAUUCAAGUCGAGUUCCAUCUGGUGUGCCAUUCAUCAAGUGAAGAGACUUCACAAUAUUUGUGUUUGCAUUCGCCACUAGCUGAACGAGCCUCCAUACUCAUUUAUGUGUCAGAGUCCUCAUCAGAGCCUUUUUAUAGUUUGCCACUAGCUGAACGAGCCUUAAUACUCAUUUUUGUGGCGGAGUCUAUAUCAGAGCCCUCUUAUAGACUAGGCCAGCUAGGCUGUUGGUUACAGCCUCAAUUUUUUGUGGCCCAGAUUUUUCAAUUAUUUUUACAACUUGUUUUUCUUUUUUCUCGUUUUGAAGGUAGUGCUCUUACAUAGUGGUUUGCCACUGUUUUUGUAUAGUCAUACCAUCUGGCUGUUAUUGAAAGCCGUUUGUUUUGUAAGCACCAUGGUCUGUGCACUGCUUUACUUUACUUUACUUUUGUACACUCUUAUGUAAGAACAUUGGACUCUACUGCUUUAGGUCUGAUUCAGAUAUCUUCCUUCCAAUUAAUUUAUAAAAAUGUGAUGAAUGUAA